AUGGAAUCUCUCAAGUCACCGGAAUUUCCAAAAUCUCACAUUCAAACUUGCGAAGGACCACACACCCAUACGGUUAUCCUACUCCACGGCCGUGGUAGCAAUGGCAAGGAAUUUGCCGAAGAACUCUUCUCAUCAAAAACUUCGAAUGGAAACACAUUGUCUGAAUGUUUGCCCAGUUAUCGCUGGGUGUUUCCAACUUCAUGCGAAAGAUAUAGCACUACAUUCCAAGAAGACAUAUGCUCCUGGUUCGACGCCUACUCCUUGGGCGAUAUCAAUGAAAGACAGGAGUUGCAGAAGGAGGGGUUGACACAGUCAAUCUACCACAUUUUUGAUGUCAUCGAAGAAGAAGCCAAUUUGCUUGAAUGGCGACUUUCUCAUAUUUACCUUGGGGGGAUCAGUCAAGGGAUGGCGACAGCCUUGUGGUCAUUCUUUGCUGCUAUUGGCACUGGAAGAAUACGGAGUCCAUUGGCUGGUAUGUUAGGCUUUUGCGGAUGGCUACCAUUUGCACAACAGUUGGAGGGCUUGCUUUGCGACUCAUCCCUAAACAAAAACUCCACGCUUGAGGCACAGCGCAUAGUCUCUGGUUUCUUCUUUGACGAAAUAUCCGCCCAGGGGCGAUUACAAAGUAGGAACUCUUUAGAAAACUCUGUUUUCUCUACUCCAGUGCUUCUCGGACAUGGAACAGACGAUGCCUGGGUAUCUGUGGAUCUUGGACGACAGGCCUCUCAAAUAAUCAGACGGCUUAUGACCCACGUUGAAUUUCAUGAGUUUACUGGCGCAGAAAGUGAUGGACAUUGGAUUGAAGAGCCCGAUGGUUUUGAUCAGAUUCUUCAAUUCCUUCAAAAAUGA